CUAGGAGGGUUGUUUCAGGAAUUGCCUAUUUGCCAUUGUGUGGUUCUUCAAGGCUCAGCGAGCAAUGGAUUUCAAUCUGAAAAUUAAUCAUCUAUCGAGGGAACCCCUGAGACUCGUGCCCUCUCUCUCAUACCGAUGAUCGAACUCCCCCUUUUCUUCUUGGCGUUUAAUGUGUAAGAAUCAUGUGGAAAUCUUUAACUGCUGUAACAAGACAGGUCUACACAUGCGUAGUUCGUCCCAGUAUUUCUUCAGUAAAUCACCAAGCUAUUUGUCAUAUGAGUGAUGAUCGACAGAACAAUCGUGAAGAUGAACAACGUGUCCCGGAUGCGAAAGACUGGAGAUUAUUUUACCCUUCCAAAGACACCAUGAAGUUGGACGUUGACGGGACGGCUUACAACCAGCUGCCGGUCGUAAACAUUAAAUCAACCAACAACAAUGUCAUCAUCUCCCUCUGCAAAGCCACAGGUGAUAUACUCUACUGCUCAUCAGCGGGUGCACUAGGCUUCAGGAACGCCAGAAGAAAGACGAACCUAGCGGCUCAGUCAGUCGGAGCCCACAUAGGGGAGAGAGCACUGAAUAUCGGCUUGCGGAACUUGAGGGUGUGUCUUAACGGCAUAAAUUCAAGUAGAACAUCAGCUUUGAUAGGAUUACGGACCUCAGGAGUACGAAUUGUCUCGAUUUCUGAGGUAACCAAGAUACCUCACAAUGGCUGCCGGCCAAAGCGUCGCCCCAGGAAGUGAAUAACCUGUCAAAAGGUGAUCAUCAGUGACUCUUGCAUCAGAUCUAUAAUAAGUGUUCCAUGACCAGCUGAUUAGAGGACAGCUCGUAUUUGUGAUUGUGAAACAUUCAACAAUGUGAUCGUUUUUAUGAUGGACAUUAAAUUUUUUUUUUAAAUGU